AUGCGCUUAUUAGAAUGCAAUAGCGAAGAGCAGUUCGUUCUGGUCAGAAAUAUUGAUGGCAAUGAUGUUCCAAAAUACGCUAUCCUAUCGCAUACAUGGAGGGCAGAGACAGACGAGCUCACCUUCCAAGACCUUAUGAAUGGUACUGGACAGGGAAAUUCUGGGUACAGAAAACUUCAAUUCUGUGGAGAACAAGCUAAACGCGAUGGCUUACAAUACUUUUGGGUGGACACUUGCUGCAUCGACAAGACGAGUAGUGCCGAACUUUCAGAGGCUAUCAACUCUAUGUUCCGCUGGUAUCAGGACGCCACUAAAUGCUAUGUAUACCUGUCAGAUGUUUCAACGAACGUAUACGAUCAAACAAGUUCUUCUUGGCAACCAACCUUCAGAAAGAGUCGAUGGUUUACUCGUGGUUGGACACUUCAGGAGCUUAUUGCACCGAGAUCGGUCGACUUCUUCUGCUCGAAUGGUAUGCUACUUGGCGAUAAGAGAUCUCUACAGCAUUUAAUCCACGAAAUUACUGGGAUAGAUACGCCAGCUCUUCAUGGACGGAAUCUGUCUGAUUUCAGCAUUGAUGAGCGAAUGUCAUGGGCAAAAAAUCGCGAGACAAAGCGUGAAGAAGAUAUGGCCUAUUGCUUAUUAGGCAUUUUUGAUGUUCAUAUGCCACUAAUCUACGGCGAACGAUCAGAAAGCGCGUUUAGGAGGCUCACAGAGGAGAUUGAAAAACGCCCAAAGAAACACACUCUUGAUGACUCGCCAGUUUUUUCUGCUGCUGAUUCCAGCUCCAGAAAACGAUCAAAACUCUCACAUUAUGAAUCUUCCAAUCACGUCUCACGCAUCCAGACUGUAGGAGGCUCCGAAACCCCUUGUCAGUAUCCUACGCAUGAUAUUGAUGCUAUCACGAGGCAAUCUAUCAUAGAUCAACUCUACUUCCCCAAGAUUGAUGAGCGUCUAACAAGUUUGACUGCUGCCCAAGGGACAACAUGCCGUUGGUUUCUUACCAAAUCGGAAUACUUAUCAUGGAACGAUGUUUCAAAACGGCAAGAUCAUGAAGGAUUUCUUUGGAUCAAAGGCAACCCCGGUACCGGGAAGUCAACUUUGAUGAAACUCCUCUUUGAGGAGGCUAAGCUUAAUACAAAAGGCGGUUCCUCGAAAAUCACAUUAUCAUUCUUUUUUCUGGCACGAGGUACGAUUGAAGAGAGAACAACUACUGGCUUAUACCGCUCUCUUUUGCACCAGCUUUUCGAAAAGAUGAUAGAGCUCAGAGAUAGCUUGGAGUGGAUGACAGCCGAUGGCGCGAGAGGCAUUGAAAGAAAUGGUUGGAGUGAACCAGCUUUAAAGCAGACGUUAAAGCAUGCUAUAGCAAAGCUUGGAACCAGGUCACUGAUGAUAUUUGUCGAUGCGCUGGAUGAAUGCGAUCAGAAGCAAGCAAGUGGAAUGGUUUCGUUUUUUGAGGAAUUAUGUGAGCUUGCAGAAGUUUCGCAAGUUGACUUGCAAAUAUGCUUUUCUAGUCGACACUAUCCCACUAUAGUCAUCCAGAGGGGUAUGGAACUGACUCUAGAAGAUGAACUUGGGCAUAUGGAAGAUAUUCAGCACUAUAUCAAGUCAAAAUUAAGGCUAGGCAAAUCCAAACAAGCCGAAGCACUUCGGUCCGAAAUCCUACAAAAGUCUUCCGGCAUUUUUCUCUGGGUCGUCUUAGUUCUUGACAUCCUCAAUUCUGAGUAUACAUCUGGCUCUAUUUCUAUUAAGAAAAUCAGUGAGCGCCUCAACGAAAUUCCACCAGGACUAAAUGAUUUGUUUGAAAUGAUCCUUAAGCGGGAUGGAGAGAACCUCGAAGAACUACAAAUUUGUCUGAAACUAAUUUUAUUUGCAAAUCGUCCCUUGAAACCACAAGAACUCUAUUUCGCAACUCAAAUCGGUCUUGAUGAAGAUUGCACGGGCUUUUGGGACCAGGAAGAUAUCAAUAUUGACCAAAUGAAAUUAUUUGUGAGGAGCUCCUCCAAAGGCUUGGCUGAGGUGACCAAAAAUAAAGCUUCGGAUGUACAGUUUAUCCACGAGUCUGUUCGGGAUUUUUUGUUGGGUAGAUACGAGACUCAACUGUCUGGAAUUCCCGGAAAUUUUGUCGGCCAUGGGCAUGACACGUUGAAGAAUUGUUGCUUAGCUCAACUAAACGGUGUCAUCAACCAUAAGGUCAUAGCACAUUUCAACUUUAGCAAAUCAAACUUCUGGGAAUGUCGUAAUAUGAAAUAUCCAUUUUCGAAUACAUUAGAGUCCGACAAGCCAGUCCCCAAUGGUCAACGUUCCAAGGAAACACAGUCAAAGUUGCAAGAGGAAAUUAGAAUGAAGUUCCCAUUUCUUGAGUAUUCAGUGUCCAACAUCCUGUAUCACGCGAAUCUUGCUCAGCAGAAUUACAUGGAGCAGGCAGGCUUUCUAGCAAAAUUUCCCACCCGUCUAUGGGCAUUCGUGAAUAAUUAUCUCGAGAAUCACGAAAUUCGACGAUAUACGGGCUCGGUAACUCUUCUCUACCUCCUAGCAGAAAGAAACCUGGCCAAUCUCAUUCGAACACGUUCCAGAAAAGAGUCUUGUUUUGAUAUAACAGAGCAGCGAUAUGGUCCAUCAAUUCUUGCUGCUCUGGCUACUGGGAGCGAUGAAGCUGCUCAGACGCUCCUUAAGAUUGAAGCUGAAACACAUCCCUCAAAAUCUCUACUGCAUGACUUGUGCAAAAAAUAUCACCCCAAAAAUAAUAAAAAUACCAAACUUGGACGGAGCUUCAUUUACACACAAAAGAAAAAUCUUGUGUUUCAACUUUCACAGUACGACCAGGAGAUACCACUCGUCUUUAAACUCAGUUUGGACGAGAGUUUGUUUGAUCCAAAUCUGACCGAUCGUGGCAAGCGCUUGCUAAUAGAGGCUAUUGAAAGGGGUCAUUGUGUUGUUGCUACAUAUUUGUUGGAGAGGGGUAUCGAUGCCCACCGUGCAACCGUAGUUGGUAAGGUAUCACUUCUGGAGAGAGCUGUGAGAUCUGGCUAUGCGAAUAUGGUAAAAUUGCUAUUGGAGUUUGGCGUUGAGAUUGAUUGUUGGAACUGGGGCAACGAAACACCCUUGAUAAUAGCCAUUCACGAAGGACAUUUAGACAUCGUCGAAUUGCUGUUGGAGAAAGGCGCUGAGAUCAACAAUGGAGGAAUUAACAAACAAACACCUCUGAUGGUUGCUGCUACUUGUGGAAACAAGAAUUUAACUCGGUUGCUAUUGGAGAAAGGCGCUGAAAUUGACUGUCGCUUUCAGAAUCAAACGCCUUUGAUGAUGGCUGCUUCUCAUGGGCACGAAAAUGUAGUUGGGCUACUAUUAGAGAAUAACGCUGAAGUCAAUUGCGUUGACUUCAACGAUGAAACACCAAUUAUCAAGGCUAUUAUUGGUGGGCAUGCUAGCAUAGCGAGUUUGUUAUUCGGAAAAGGCGCUUGUUUUGAUUGUGAAAGGGAUAUCUUUGGGAUAGUGCUGUUAAAAUCUUCGCAAUCCGGGCGCGAAGAAAUCGCUAAGUUUCUCUUACAAAAUGGCAUGAAUGCAAACCUAAGAGAUAAGAGUCCAGUGUAUAAAGGCUGGACUCCGCUAAUGCACGCUACUAGUCAUGGUCACGAGGCAAUGACUAAAUUACUGUUGGAAAAUGGUGCCGAUGUCAACGUGAAAUGCGAUAGUGGUUCGACAUCAUUAUAUAGAGCUGCUGCUGGGGGAUUCGAGACUAUUAUAGAGUUGUUGUUGUUGAAGGGGGGUGCCAAAGUCAAUCCAACAAUGGAAUAUACUUGGGAUCCACUUCUAGGCGCUAUUGAAAAUAGUCACGAGUAUACAGUUGCACUUUUAUUGGAGCUAGACUUUUACUCCGAGGCUAAGAAUGGAAAAAUAAAUCUGUUAUUGGUACAGGCUAUCAGAAAAACUAUUGUUUUGGGGGAGCUGUCAAUACUUAAAUUAUGCCUAGAGAAGUUCCAUGUUAUCAAUCAGAAGGACAAAAGGGGUCAAACGCCGUUGUUUUGGGCGAUUUAUCGUGGUCGAAUGGAAAUGGUCAAUUUAUUAUUGGAUAAGGGUGCUGAUAUUGAUGCGAAGGAUGAGACUGGGCGAACACCAUUGUCAUGGGCUGUCACUCAAAACAAUGAGGCUACGAUUAGACUGUUGUUGGAUAAGGGCGCUGAUGUCAAUUCAAAAGAUCAGGAUGGCCAAACACCACUAUCAUGGGCCCAUAUUAUUGAGAAUGUCGUCGCAAUUGAGCUGUUGACGAGAAAGCGACUCAGUUACAUGCAAUUGAAACACGAUGUCUAA